AUUAAAAAUGAAAAAAGAAAAGAAAGUCGUCAAGGCAGUAUCUUGUUGGAUCGUCCUUAGGAAAAUUAUGAAGUGGAUUAAUAUCCUUUUCUCUUUGGCGGUGGUAGGUUUAGGUAAUUAAUCAAUUUAUGAAAGGAAUCUAUAAGUAUACAGAUGGCAAUUUUAACAAUUUUGCAGAUGUGUUCAUUCCAUUCUAUUUGAUAGGAUUUGGAGUUUUAUUAAUAUUUGCAGAAGCAGAAUGGAUAAUAUUAAUCAAGCACUUUAAAUUUUUAGAUAAUUAUUUUGGAAGGUAUAGAUGACACAAUAUUAUUAGAGGGUUUUACAAUAUAUUUUUGGGAACAAUGCUUCUAAACAUCAUUAGUAUUAAUACUGAAGGUGAUGCUGAUAGAAAUGUUACCUGGGUAUUGGUCGUUAUUGUUUCUUCAACCAUGGCUUUUGUUGGAGUAAUGGAGAUAUUUCUCUAUAUUUGCCACUGUGGAGCUACAAGUAAAACAUACGCAAAAUAUGAUGAAAAAUAAGAUUUGAAUAAAAAACUCUUAAAGGAAGAGGAUACCCAAAAAGUUUCCUAAAAUGUUCGUAGUGAAAUCGAUAUAAGAUAUUCUAUGUCUCUAAAACCCCAAAACUCUGUUUUACCAUAAUAGCAAUAAAUGCCAAAUUAAGAUGAUUAAAAUCCUGCAAUGUAUUAUACAUCAGAGCAAAUCUACAAAAUGUAGUAAAAUCCAGAAGAAUAUUCCAUAUGGCUCAAGUAAUAGUUAAAAGCGACAGAAUCAAAGUUGCCAUUAAAGUAAGCACCAUUAGGAAAUUCUUAUUUAUGA